GUCCACCAUCUUGGACAUCUUCAGUGUAGCAGACUUCACAUGUUCAGAUAGAUACAGGAAAUCAUCAGAGGGACUGAGUAAUAUCGAAACUGGAAGGGCUCAGCUGUGCCUGGGAGCCCAGGGAGCCACUGCCUGUGUCCCUAGAGGUAGACACCGUUAAAUCACAGGACAUGAACGCAGACAAAGGAGGCCUGGUCAUCUUCACGGCCAACUCCAACCCCUCCAGUAAAGAGCUGGCAAAGAGGAUCUCAGAGCGGUUGGGUGUGGAGCUUGGGAAGGUUCGGGUCUAUCAGGAAGCGAACAGAGAAACACGUGUCCAAAUCGAAGAGUCUGUGCGUGGCAAAGAUGUCUUCAUCAUCCAGACUGUGUCCAAGGAUGUUAAUACCGCCAUCAUGGAGCUGCUCGUCAUGGUAUAUGCCUGCAGGACCUCCUGCGCACGGAACAUCAUCGGAGUCAUUCCCUAUUUUCCCUACAGCAAACAGUGCAAAAUGAGGAAAAGAGGCUCCAUUGUGUCUAAGCUGCUUGCCUCCAUGAUGUGUAAAGCUGGUCUGACUCAUCUCAUUACAAUGGAUUUGCAUCAAAAGGAAAUCCAGGGUUUCUUUAACCUUCCAGUGGACAAUCUUCGGGCUUCACCGUUUUUACUACAAUACAUCCAAGAAGAAAUUCCUGAUUACAGAAAUGCUGUAAUUGUGGCCAAAUCUCCAGCAUCAGCCAAAAGGGCCCAGUCAUUUGCUGAAAGGUUGCGACUGGGCAUUGCUGUGAUCCAUGGUGAAGCCCAGGACGCUGAAUCGGAUCUGGUGGAUGGACGUCACUCCCCCCCACCCACUGUCAAGAACAUUGGAGCUAUCCAUCCGAGCCUAGAGAUACCUUUGCUGAUUCCCAAAGAAAAACCCCCGAUAACAGUGGUUGGAGAUGUGGGUGGACGAAUUGCCAUCAUAGUGGAUGACAUCAUUGAUGAUGUUGAUAGUUUUCUGGCAGCUGCCGAAACUCUGAAAGAAAGAGGUGCCUACAAGAUCUUCGUCAUGGCCACUCAUGGAAUCCUGUCCUCUGAUGCACCUCGGCUAAUAGAAGAGUCUGCCAUAGACGAGGUAGUUGUCACCAACACAAUUCCACAUGAGAUCCAGAAACUACAGUGUCCUAAGAUUAAGACGGUGGACAUCAGCAUGAUAUUGUCGGAAGCCAUUCGGCGCAUCCACAAUGGAGAAUCCAUGUCCUACCUAUUCCGUAAUAUAGAUAUGGACGAUUAACAGAGCCAUAUAUAGCCAGUCUUUCCAUGUGCAUGUCUCGUUAAUUAAUUUUUGCUCAAAGCAUAACUGGUUUUGUAUGUGAAGCAUUUUAAAUAAUACCUCAAAGGGCCACCAAACAAGAAGUUUAGCAUUGUCACAUGUGUCCAAGAAAGCUUUAUGGAAGGAUGAUCUAAUUGCAGAAUUACUCCACACUUGAUCUUUAAAAAAGAAGAAAAAAAAAAAAAAAGUUUAGACUUUACUAGAUUAAAAAUCUAGAUUAAUGGAUGUAAAAAUUCUGUCUUUAAUCCAUUUUUUUAACUGUAGAUCAGCUUUUGAUGUAGCUCUUAAUGUUUCUAUUGAAGGAUUGUGAUCUCCACUAUGUGGCCAACAAUUACAGAAUGUAACGAUUUACAUGUACAAGUCAGAAGUUUAUAUACACUUAGUUUGAAGUCAUUUAAACACCGAUUUAAUAUUUGCAAACUAUUGUUUUGGCAAGUUGUUUAGGACAUCUACUAAUUUUUUCCAACAGUUGUUUACAGACAGAUCAUUUUACUUUGUAUUGAUUAUAUCACAAUUCCAGUGGGUCAGAAGUUUACAUACACUAAGUUAACUGUGCCUUUAAGCAGAUUGGAUAAUUCCAGAAAAUUAUGUCAAGCCUUUAGGCAAUUAGCUUCUGAUAGGAGGUGUACUGAAUUGGAGGUGUACAUGUGGAUGUAUUUUAAGGCCUACCUUCAAACACAGUGCCUAUGCUUGACAUCAUGGAAAAAUCAAAAGAAAGUCAAAACCUCAGAAAAACAUUUUUUGAAUCUCCACAAGACCAGUUAAUCCUUGGGAGCAAUUUCCAAAGGCCUGAAGGUACCACGUUCAUCUGUACAAACAAUAGUACGCAAGUAUAAACACCAUGGGACCACACAGCCAUCAUACCGCUCAGGCUUCUGUCUCUUAGAGAUGAACGUAGUUUGGGUCGAAAAGUGCAAAUCAAUCCCAGAACAACAGCAAAGGACCUUGUGAAGAUACUGGAGGAAACAGAUAGGCAAGUAUCUAUAUCCACAGUAACAUUUAAAUUAUUUAAAUUAAAUGCUACCAAAUAUUAACAAAGUGUAUGUAAACUUCUGACCAACUUUGAAUAUGAUGGAAAAAUAAAAGCUGAAAAAAUUAUUCUCUCCACUGUUAUUCUGACAUUUCACUUUCUUAAAUAAAUUAUUGCUCCUAACUGACCUAAGACAGGGAAUGUUUUCUAUUAUUAAAUGUCAGGAAUUGUGAAAAACUGAGUUUAAAUGUAUUUGGCUAAGAUGUAUGUAAACUUCUGACUUCAACUGUAUGAAAGCUCUAUGCUGUGUCAUAUCAGUGUCAGUGCCUCAUCACUUGUGUAAUUAUUGUGCCACUAGAUGUAUCUCUGUGUUGAACACUGGGCAGUGCUGAUGUUAGAUUCAAUAAUUAUUUUGUAUAUACCAAGUACAUUCAUAAACUUAAAUUAUUGCUUAAAAUAUAGAAGCUAAAGCAUUGUAAUGCACUUGAUUGAAUGUUUUUCCCCUGCUAUAUUGCUCUGCUAAUGCUUCAACAUGAGCACUUGUUUAUUAAUUUAUUUUCCAAUAAUGGGAAUAUGGGACCAUCAUUGCCUCAUAAAUGUUUGGCCUUGGCAGCCAGAAUUUCUAAAUAUCUUGCCUGAGAGCUUGACUUCUCAUUUUAGGUGAAAUGCAGGGUUUUUGUUAAAUGACAAAGAAUUCAGGUUUUUGUAUUUAUUUAAGCAAUUAAUGAUGAAGAAUAAACUAUUUAAAGUGUUUUUGAAUAUUUUAAUGUAGUAUUUAAUUUAAAUACAUCUGAUUCAUCGGUUCUGAUGGGUUUUAUAGAUUGAAAACUUGUUCAGGACAUGAGUUUCCAGUUUGGACUUUGUUGUACCAUGCAAUUCCAUUUCAAUAUAGAGUUCAGACACAUGUUUCUGGAGUUACACUUCUCUCU